GAGGGAGGAGAGGGAGGGAGUGAAAGACGUAGAAAGUGAGAGAAAGAACCAGAAAAAGAUCAUCAAUAUUUACUGUAGUUACUUAUUGUGACACAUCUCCUCUGAGCAUUUCUUUUUUUGCAUUUGCUUAGAGAACUGAUCCUGGGGAGGAACACUGUGGAGUCAUCCCGUUUAAGUGCCUUUACAAUCAAGCAAAAGGUGAGGGAUCAAGGAUCAUCAUUUGGAGGAAUUAGUCUUUGUUAAAUCCAGAUCUGGAGGACUUAUGCUUAGACUGUGGGCAUCUAAUCUCAGCUGUCCCACUCGAGUAGUGAGAUAUUAAACAUCCAGAAGCUCCGGGACGAGGAGAAGAAAACUGCCUGACCACUUUUUUUACAGCUUUGCAUCUAUGCAACCAUCUGCUUUUUCCCCAAAUGGUUCCUCCUACGUGGGCCCACAUGGGGAACCCCCUCUGUCACGCACUGGCUUCAUCAUACUCUCCAUCAUUAUGGCUGCCUUCACCGGUCCGGCCAUCGUACUCAACACUACAGUGAUCAUUGUGUCCCUCAUGCACAAGCAGCUGAGGCAGCCGCUCAACUACGCUCUGGUGAACAUGGCUGUGGCUGACCUGGGCACAGCCAUGACGGGAGGGGUGCUGUCUGUGGUCAACAACGCUCAAGGGUACUUCUCCCUGGGAAGAACAGGCUGUGUGAUGGAGGGCUUUGCAGUGUCCUUGUUUGGCAUCACAUCUCUGUGCACAGUUGCCCUGAUCGCAGUGGAGAGGAUGUUUGUUGUAUGUAAGCCGUUGGGGCAGAUGACCUUCCAAAAGAAGCAUGCUUGUGGAGGUAUUGCCUUGUCCUGGUUGUGGUCCCUCACUUGGAACUUACCUCCCCUGUUUGGCUGGGGCAGGUAUGAGCUGGAGGGCGUCGGGACGUCCUGUGCACCAGACUGGCACAACCGAGACCCUAAUAACGUCUCCUACAUCCUGGCUUACUUUGCCGUGUGCUUUGCAGUUCCCUUUGUCAUUAUCUUGGCAUCCUACUCGAAGCUAAUGUGGACAUUACACCAGGUAUCCAAGCUGGCCUGUCUGGAAGGUGGUGCAGUAGCUAAAGGAGAGCUGAAAGUGGCGUCCAUGGUGGUUCUGAUGGUCCUGACAUUUCUGAUCAGUUGGUUGCCUUAUGCCGGGCUGGCCAUGCUGGUGGUCUACGACCCUGAUGUGAAGAUUCACCCGCUGGUUGGCACAGUGCCUGUUUACCUGGCCAAGAGCAGCACUGUGUACAAUCCUUUCAUCUACAUCUAUCUCAACAAACAGUUUCGUAAAUAUGUGGUGCCCUUCCUGCUGUGUGGGAAAGAGUCCUCGGAGGACGAUGAGGCAUCAGAGGCGGUAACGACUGUGGAGACUGAAACCAACAAAGUGUCUCCCGCCUGAAAUGUACACACACCACAUACCUAACUAUCAAUUUUAUAGAUAUCAACAAAGACAUACAAAAUAUUCACCCCCUGUUGAAAUAUAUUUUAAGCAAUUACAAUGGCAAACUCAAAUAUACUAUAGGUAAUGUUUAUCAAAUCUUACAAGGGAAAGAAGAAACAAUGAAUACAAUGAAUCCCCCCCCCCUUUAUUUUCUAUUAACUUAUUUGUGUAUUUAAUUUAUUAUUAUUACUUUCUUAUUUUUGUAUUAUUAUUGUUUCCCCUCUAUUCUUUCUUUUUAUGAUUAUGAUUAUGAUUAUGAUUAUUAUUAUUUUUAUUUUUUUCUUAAUUUUAUUUCAAUUUUGAAUGCUGAAGUUGUUUUCUCUAGUUUACUUAGUGAGUUUGUCUCUAAGAUCAAUUACUUAAAAAAUUGGUUUAUAAACUACUGUAAUUACGAACUGUAAAUUGUAUAUAU